UUUCCAAGAGAGUGCUCUCCAGAGCGAGAAGAACAAAAGACCCGGCGGCAGCGGCAGCGGUGCGACCACCCCCUUCGGCCAUUCCGCCCUCAUAACAAGCCAACACCCCCUACCCCGCCGUCUCUCCUACAUUUGUCAUCGGCACCAUAUACCUCACCACCCUGCCGGCAUUCUCCCCUCCAGGUAAUAGAAAGAAAGAAAAAAAAAUCCAUCACCUUAUAUUCACUUAUAAGAUUGAAAUCUUGUUCCUGCCUUGAGUUCUGUCACCAUAAAAAUAUCAGCAGCAAACAACGUGACCGCUGGGAGUAUUAGUAUUGCAAGAAGAAACAGAGAAGAAAGGAAGAACGGAUGGAGGAGACGGAGGAGCCUCGCAAUGAUCUAAUGCAGCGUCUGAAAUCGUCUGGAAAUACUUGUUCUUCUACUCUAACGAAGUUGCCCAAUCGGUUAGAUCUCUCGAGCUUCAAUCCAUCCAAUUCAUGCUCCCAAGCCCGGGGGCCGUACCGCCAGCUGCCACCGAGUCCCAGCUUCAGCCCCGAGUCCAGCAAGCGCCCAGGCAUUCCCCCGGCCCACCCCAACUUCCCACCCGCCUCCCCCUUCCCCCAGAUCCCGCCCUCCGCCGCCGCCCGCUCCCCCUCCGCCCCCGGCUUCCACGCCGCCCCUUCCCACUCCCGCUCCCUCUCCCAGCCGGCGUUCUUUAACUUGGACUCCUUGGCUUCUCUUAGUCCGCCGCCCUCCUCCGCCGACGUUUCCAUGGAGGACCGGGUGACGGCCAGCUCCCCGGCGCCGAUUCCGCCGGCGGCGCCCCUCGCGAGGACGUCCUCCGGUCGGGUCUCCGGCGAUGGGCUUCCGCCGCGCAAGGCCCACCGGCGCUCGCAGAGCGACAUCCCCUUCGGGUUCUUCCAGUCUGGUCUCCCCAUGGCCGGGAUCCCGCCGCCGGCGCCGCAGCGGACGCAGGGGUUCCUCGAGCGGUCGGCGUCAGCAAGGGAGGGGUUCGGGGCUGGCCGGCAGAUGCCGCAGUUCGUGAAGCAGGAGAACGAGUGGGACCAACGGGAUGGUGAUAGCAGUGCAGAGGGGAUAGGAGAGAGGAAGUCGGAAGGGGAUGCUGGGGAUGAUCUGAUCAAUGCUUACAUGAAUCUGGAAAGCUUGGAUACGUUGAAUUCCUCUGGAACCGAGGAGAAGCGCGAGGACUUGGAUAGCAGGGCCAGUGGCACGAAGACAAACGGGGCUGAUAGCAGUGAGAAUGAAGCAGAGAGCAGUAUUAAUGAGAGUGGCGGUGGCAUUCAGUUCCGGACACCUUUGAUGGAGAGGAAGGAAGGGACUAAGAGGAGUGCUCCCCUAGAUCCGGCUUCGGUAAACUCACGCCACUGUAGGAGUAUCUCCAUGGAUAGUUUCAUGGGCAAGCUGCAUUUUGGGGACGAGUCACCGAAGUUGCCGCCUUCCCCAGGCAAUCAGUCAGGUCAGCAUUCGAGGAGUGGUUCAAUGGAUGGGACAACUAGCACGUUCAGCUUGGAGUUUGGGAAUGGUGAAUUCAGUGCUGCUGAGAUGAAGAAGAUCAUGGCGAACGAGAAACUUGCUGAGAUGGCACUAACAGAUCCCAAGCGAGUAAAGAGGAUUUUGGCCAACAGGCAGUCAGCUGCUCGUUCUAAGGAAAGGAAGAUGCGGUAUAUUAGUGAAUUGGAGCAAAAGGUGCAAACUUUGCAGACGGAAGCAACCACAUUAUCAGCACAAUUGACUUUGUUACAGAGGGAUUCAGCUGGUCUUACUAACCAGAACAGUGAGUUGAAGUACCGACUGCAAGCAAUGGAGCAACAGGCACACCUAAGAGAUGCUCUGAAUGAAGCACUAACUGCUGAGAUCCAGCGUCUGAAACUUGCUACUGGAGAAAUUUCGGAAGCUCACCUUUCGAAGGGCAUGAAUCAGCAAGUGUCUCUGAAUCCUCAGAUGUUUCAACUUCAGCAACUGCAAUCACAACAGCAGCAGCAUCAGCAAUCUACUCAGAUUCCUCUGUAUCAGUUGCAGCCACAGCAGCAGACUGAUGCUACUGCAAAACUUGAAUCAAAUAAAUAAUCAUAGAGAGCAAAUUACAAGGGAUUGCAUUUCGUUAUGUUUUGUCUUGUUUUGUUUCAGUUAACCGUGGAAAGCGAAACAUCUCCAUGUUUCUUGAUGCGUAUGGCAUAUUGUCCAGCAGGGUAGUAACUUGACUGCAUCAGUUUACUUAAUUCAUUCAAAUGUUAUGACUUAUUUUAGUGGGUUUAUUUUAAUGGGAGAAUUAAUUGUUUUGUAACUAAAAGUUUAUUCGUCAAUGUUGUGGGACAAAAUAACUAUUAGUAAGAAAUGUUCUGUUAUAUAUGACACUUGGUAAUGUUGUAGUACUUUCAAUCAUGGAUCAAUUAAUUGUUCGGGUGGUGGUUACAUUUC